CGGAACUACUAAUGUCGAAUGGAAUUUGGACAAUUACUCUACUUUAACAGAAAAUAUGCUUAAUUAGCAGAUAUUUGCAGACAAAAAUUCAAAAAAAGGACUUUAUUUAUAUAUUUCUGAAAAUUUAUUUCGUCGAACUAUUCAGGAUAAACUUUUGAUCGAAUAUUUGGGAUGCCGUGUCCCGAAGUUUAUUUAUCAAUAUGGCGGAUCACAACUUCCGAUGGUGGAGAAUAAAGAAUUUUAACAAUAUUCAUUCUAAAAACUUUUGAAAUACAUGCUAAUUAUUGUUAAAUGUAAAUUUCAUUACAAUGAAACGUUAUAAGCGAUUAGUAAUGCCAUUGCUAUCCAGCAAAGCAUAUUUUACAACUCUUUUCCUCACCUUUAUGUCUGUUUGGCCUGACAAAUGUCUCAUGCAAGAUUAUCCCCCAAGAGAGUUUUCCACUGAGCCAAAUACACAGAAUCCAAUACCAGAACUCUCAUUAAAAAUAGUAUUAUGUCGAGCCAGUAGUUCACCUAAUGCACAAUACAGAUGGAUGAAGGACGGAACAUAUAUCACAGAGUAUAAUGCUUUAGACUAUUCAUAUAGAAUGAUGUCUGUUAAUAGAACUGAUGCUGGAAUUUAUAGAUGUGUUGCAAAAAAUUAUCUAGGUGCUAUACGAAGUAAGGGGGCAAAGAUAGUCAUUGCUUAUAUUGAUAAUUUUGAAUCUCAUACAAAUCAGACAGUAAGUGUGUUGUCAGGGGAUGGUGUUGCAAUCAACUUACCUAAUAUAAACUCUGUACCAGAUCCUGCUGUAUCAUGGUAUGCCAGUGGUGUAGAAAUGGCACCAGAAGCACAGAGGCAUCAAAUUACACUUGAAAAAAAUCUCGUUCUAUUGAGCACAAGUAUACAUUCUGAUAAUGGGAAGAUAUAUAAAGCAGAAGCUCUUAAUGGUAUCAAUGGAGUCAGUAGAACUACAAAGGACUUUGCCCUCAGAGUUGGAGACACAGGCGAAGGAGAUACAAAACUACCAGCUUUACUCGUUGGUCCUAAAAAUACCACGGCCAAGACAGGGGAUCGGGAUACAAAGCUGGAAUGUAUUUACAAUGCCAGGCCUUUAUCAGGGUUACAAACAAAAUGGUACAAAAAAGGAUCUCAAAGAAGAGAAAUUGUUGCCAAUAAUAAGUAUAUAUUUAACACAGUGUAUAAACGUGUAUUGACAAUAAAAGAUCCAGAUCUAAGUGAUGCAGGCCAGUAUGAAUGUGAGGCAGUGUUUGUUAGUAAUGGACAAUCUGAUACCAAGACAUCAGCUGCUUACCUCACUGUUAAUGAGGCUCCUUUGAUUACAUCACAGAUACAGAGCCAGUAUAUUAGAGACUUUGGACAAUCAAUACAAGUUGACUGCCAGGCAACAGGGAACCCAUCUCCUACAAUCACCUGGUACUACAAUGCACAGCCAGUAUCUUCUGUUGGUAACAACAGAUUAAGUGUAACUCAGGAUGGAUCAUUAAUGAUAAAUAACUUAGAUCUUGGUGAUUCAGGAGUGUACCAGUGUUUUGCUUCCAAUGCAGCUGGAGAAACUAAAAUAUCAGCUUGGAUUAAAGUAGACAAAUCACCACCAGCGUUCAUCUCAUUACCAUUGAAUCUGACACUAGUAGAAGGAGCAGAUGCUAGAUUUCCAUGUGAAGUUUCUGGAGCACCUAAACCUGUUAUUAUAUGGAAGAAAAAAAUGGACAAUAUAGAAUCAGAAGUAACAACUGGUGGCAGAUAUCAGAUCAAUCCAACUUCAGGAGAGUUACUGAUCAUUACAACAGAACCUGGUGAUUCAGCAGUAUUUUCAUGUAAUGCUUCAAAUAGUCAAGGAAGCAUUUAUGCUGAAGCUUACCUCAGUGUUUAUCAGAGAACUCAGAUAACACAACCACCACCAGCCAUUACAGAAGUCCAGAAAGGGUCUGUAGCCUCACUUCAGUGUGGAGUUUCACAUGAUGUUAAUGUCAACAUAACCUGGAAAUGGUAUCAGAGUCUAGUAGAGCUCAAUCCAUCAGACAGAAUAACUAUAGAACAGGAUGGCACAUUAACAAUCCUUAGUGUUUUUAGUGGAGACAGUGGAGCCUACAAAUGUCAAGUUCUAUCUGCAGGGGGUAAUGAUGAGAGGUCAACUAACCUAAAAGUUAUAGAAUUACCUUACAAGCCUGUCAUAACGUCUGUAGCUGUGCCUCCUACUGCCCUUAAAAGUGCCAACAUAUCAUUUUCUCCUGGCCCUGAUGGUAACACACCUUUAAAGAGGUUUAUAUUCCAGAAGAGAAUGGUUACAUAUUAUCCUGAUAAAGGUGUAACCAUGGGAGAAGAGGAAGGCUGGGAGACCUACCCACAAGAUGUCGCUCCCAAUGUCCGUUUCUUUGUCAUGCCAAAUCUACGACCAGCACGAUACUUUCAGUUUCGAUUGAGUUCGGUUAACAAAGUAGGAGAAGGACAGCCAAGUGAUGCUAAACCAAACACACCAUUACUUAUGCCAGAACAGCCACCAGAAGCUGCACCAAGGGGAUUUUAUGGAAGCCCAAGAUCAAAUUCUUCUAUAAUGUUGAAUUGGCAGGCCCCACCAGCGGAAACUUGGAAUGGAGACUUAACAGGCUAUAGAGUUAAAUACAGAUUAAAGGGAUAUACUAGCCCAUUUUUAGAAAGGAAUACUAAUGCAUGGCCAAGUACUUCUUUUGAACUGACCGGACUUAUUGUAUUUACCGAAUAUGAAAUUAAGAUAGCAGCAUAUAAUAAUGAGGGUGUAGGUGUGUACAGUGAUAGUAUAAAUGUACGUACUAGAGAGGGUGUACCAGGAGUACCACCAACUGAUGUAAACGUAUCAUCUGUUAAUUCAACGGCCAUUAAGAUUGUUUGGCUGCCUCCUGAUGCUUCAAAAAUAAAUGGUGUCAACUUGGGAUAUAUAAUUUUAGCCAAAGGUCCAGGAAAUAUAAAAGAGAGACUAACAGUUCCUCCUGAUCCUACUGACCCUUAUAAUUAUCAGCAGGCCUUCAUGUACAAUCUGAAGAAGUUCACAGACUACACAUUAACCGUAACAUGUUACACAGGUCAGGGACCAGGACCUGCUAGUACUCCCAUCCAUAUCAAGACAGAGGAAGAUGUGCCUGAUGAAGUAGUCCAUCUGUCAUUCACAGAUAUUUUUGAUACUUCUGUCAAAGUUAUAUGGCAGCAUCCUGUUGAAAUCAAUGGUAUACUCACAGGUUAUACAUUAUUAUGGGAAAAGAAAAAUCAGAAUAAGACUCGGAAAGAUAUUAAUCUGAGUAACACUACACUGACAUACACUGUGAGAGAUCUGGAUCCUACAACUAAAUAUACUAUCUAUAUCUACGGUAAAACAAGUAAAGGAGCUGGCAAGAAUUCAUCAGCUGACUUUGAAUCUGGAGUGCCACCUGAGAGACCAGGAGCACCAUACAAUCUAGGAAUUUCAGACAUUCAAGCGAGGUCUACACUGCUACAGUUUUUAUUAGGAUAUGAUGGGAAAACAUCUAUUACAUUGUGGAGAAUCCAUGGACAGAUUGAUAACAAUGAUACAUGGGUACCAGUUUAUGAAAUUUCUGAUCCAGAUGCUAGAACAAUACUGGUUCCAAAUCUGAGACCAUUUACUAUGUAUAGACUCCGCAUUGCAGCUGUAAACAUUGUAGGACCUGGUAAUUACAGUGUCCCUAGCCGACAGUUUCAGACUGCUCAGGCUCCUCCUAAUGUACCUCCUGAUAAUGUUACUGUUCGUGCCAUUAAUUCUACUGCACUCAGGAUAAGCUGGGCGCCUCUUUCCCAGUUGAACUGGAAUGGUUAUCCUCGUGGUUAUAGAAUGAUCUACAAACGUAAAGAUGAGGUAAAUAACCAUGAGGUAGUAUUAGACACAGACAGUGAGAGUUAUACAUUGGCUAAGUUAGAGGAAUGGAUGGAGUAUGAAGUAAAGAUGAAUGCCUAUAAUGAUGUAGGGUCCAGUCCCUUUAGUCCCAUCAGUACAGAGAGGACCAGAGAUGCAAAACCCAGUCAUGGUCCAGUAGAGGUAACAGCUGACGCAGUAUCAUCAACAGCAAUAAAUGUUACCUGGGGAGAUGUACCACUGGAUGAUAGAAAUGGUAUUAUACUUGGUUAUAGGGUUCUAUACAAGUCCUUAACAGAGAAUAUCAAAGACCAGUAUGCAGAUGUACCAGGCAAUGAAACAUAUUAUGUACUGCUAACUAAUUUAAGAAAGUAUGUGGAGUACCAGGUACAAGUGUUAGCUUAUACCAGAAUGGGAGAUGGUGUCCUCAGUGAGAAUGUACUCACUGUACAGACACAUGAAGAUGUACCUGGACCUCCAACUAAAAUAUGGUUUCCAGAAGUUACUUAUUCCACUGCUAAAGUUGUAUGGGAGCCUCCAACACAGCCUAAUGGUAUACUAACUGGUUAUCUAGUAUCCUACAAAGAGAGAGAUGGCAGCUUGCAGGGUAACAGUUCAGACUUGCCUGUCACACAGAAGCAAUAUACAGUGGCAACGUUACAGAGGGAACAGUAUUAUAUCUUUAAAGUGAUGGCAAGAACCAGAUUAGGAUGGGGAGAACCAAAAGAAGUUCUUGUUUAUACCAUUAUCAACAGAAGAAAGCCAGAUAAACCAAUGAAACCUCAGAUAACAGCUGAAGUACAGGCCAGGAAUAUUACAAUUAGUUGGCAACCAGCCUAUGAUGGUUAUGGUCCUAUUAGAAACUAUACCAUACAGUAUAAAAGUGAAGGAAAUAGUUGGGUAGAUUUCCAAGAGAGCAUUCCUCCAUCAUCUUCAACCUUUACAGUUAAAGGAUUACACCCAAACACUCGUUACAACUUUCGUGUAGCAGCUACCAACGAUAUAGGAACAAGUAAUUUCAGUGAUCCUUCAGAUGAAGUGAGAACUCGACAAGACAAACCUGAAGGAGCCCCACUAAAUUUACAGGUCAAACCUCUCACUACCGAUUCAAUUCAUAUUACAUGGGAGCAUCCUGAUCCUGCAACUUGGAAUGGUGCUAUUGUUGGUUACCUAAUACAGUAUCGUAAAGCAGAUAUGGCAAGUUACAACGAGAUAUCAGUACAAUAUCCAAAAAAGGAGCUCAUACUUGAUGAUCUUGUCAAAUAUGUCAAUUAUGAAGUGAAGAUUAUUGCUUUUAAUUCAAUUGGCAAUGGGCCACCAAGUACUAUUUCAUCGGUAUAUGUUGGAGAAGCAGCUCCAUCAGCUGCUCCUGUCAGUAUUACUACAGAGGCAAUGAAUUCAACACAAAUCAAAGUUAAAUGGGAACCACCACCUACAGAAACACACAAUGGAGAACUUUCUGGAUACAAGGUGUUCUACUGGUUGGCAUCUGCAGACCCAAAUUCAGCAUUGUCAGUGAUAGUGAGAGAAAAGGAGGCAUUCUUAAAGCAUCUGUCAAUCUACACAAUGUAUCUUAUAACAGUCCAGGCUUACAAUUUGGCAGGAGAGGGGCCUAAAAGUUCUCCUCAUUCUAGUAGAACGAAACAAGAAAAACCUGGAGUGCCUGGUGAAAUAGUUAUAGUUAAUGCUACCAUGACAACAGUCAAUGUAACAUGGGGUCGGCCUAAAGAGCCGAAUGGUAUAAUAACAGCAUAUGAAUUAGCUUACAAACAACAGCAAUCAGGGGACGAGAGUCGUCUUACUCAGUUGACAAUACCAGGAACCAGAGAGCAUGUUGUUAUAGAUAAACUUGAAGAGGGAAAGGUCUAUGAUUUUACUGUCAAAGCUGUUACAUCUAUAGGUGCUGGACCUGAAACAACUAAAUCUAUAACUAUGGGACCACAGCCAGGUUCUCCUGGUAGACCAGACCAACCCACUGCUGUAAUUGAAGGGAGAAAUGUAGUACUACAAUGGAAAAAUGGUUCAGAAGGAAUUGCACCUAUAACAGCUUAUUACAUCCAAGCUGUUAGCAGAAGUACCUUGACAUGGAGAAUAGUACAUGUCCAGUAUUCUAGCAGCACUAAAGUCAGUUUACCAUGGCCUAAUAUGUGUAAUGAUGGUGGCUGUCAAUUUAAUGUGAUGGCAUUCAAUUAUAAAGGAACAGGUCUUGCAAGUAAACCUACACAAUGGCUAGAACAAAUAGCAGUAGCUAAAUCUUUCCAUAAUCAGUGGUGGUUUCUUGUCAUAAUGGCAUUAGCAGGGGCUGUGAUUAUGCUGAUGGUUGUUUCUCUAUUGUGCCUAGUUCACAGGAGAACCAAAAACGAUAAAAAACCUGCCAAUGUAGGUAUGUCAAACCCAAUGGAGACUAUGGAGCCUGAGGAAGGAGGCUUCUCUACACUGGACAGAAAUGCCAGACAAUCACAGAGAAAUAUAGCUACUAUUAGAAAUGGCUUUCCAAGGACAGGCACACUACCAAGACAACCACCAAGACCAAGUCCAGCUAGUGUGACCUACUCCGAGAGUGAUAUAGGAGCUACACCACAGAAAUCACCAUUACCAGAUGAUGAUGAUGGCAGUAGUGACACAACACAGAAACCUUCAGAUCUAGAAGAUAGUUCAGGGGGAAGUGAAGAUGAGAGUGAUUUGGAUGACAAGCCAUUACCACCACCACCUCCUCCUCUUCCACAGGAAUCUCCCCUGCGCCCUCCAUUUCCUAGAAAUGCCUAUGUUAAUGACUAUUCCGACGAAUAUCCUAGACUCCAUCACCAUGAUCAGCAUGAUCACCAUGAUCACCAUGAUCACCAUGAUCACCAUGAUCACCAUGAUCACCCACCACAAACUCCACACAGAAAUCAGAGUCACUAUAAUGCUUAUAAUUAUACAGACAGUGAGGCCAGUAGUAGCCAUUAUGGCCUCAGCUUAAACUCAGGACAGAUAGUGAUAAACAAUUCAGCAGGAUCCAGAGCACCUUUACCAGGCUUUUCAUCAUUUGUGUGAUGAUGGCAUGUUACAGUAUUGUGUAAUCAACGAUGUUAGUUAAUCAUGACACGAAAAUUUGAAGAGACAAUCGAUAAACAAAUUGAUGUCUGUUUCUGUGAUCAGUCAAGAGUUACCUCCCAUCGUGGCCAAAAUAUGUUUAUGACGAUUUUAAAUAGUGCUUAAUCAUAGAUGUACUAUAAUCAUACUAUAUCAUCUGCUCUUCUGUCCAUCCCUUUAGAGCCUCCAUGAACAGAAGUGGGAGAAAUCCAAAAUGGUCAUUUUACUGAAUAUGUUUUAACACAUAUGUAUUUCAGACUGUAUAGAACAGUUAGAAGGUUCAGUCCUGGUGCAAUAAGUAUUUAUAAUGAGCAUUGUAUAUUAAAUCAUUUCAUCAAUGAUAUUUAAUUGACUGUUUAAAAACAGGUCUUAUUAAUGACAAAUGUAUUUUAAGAAAGACAAAUGAUAUAUACAUAUAUUGUCUUCAUUAAAAUGGUUUUUUUUUUGUAAAAGUGAUAUAAGCUUGCAGUGUAAACUAUUUAUUUUGCAUUUAAUGAUUUUUUUUGUUUGAUAAGUAAAUGUUUGGGAGAUGAAAGAAUUCACCCCAAAAAAUAAUGAAAAAUGAAAUGAAUUAAAAUCUGAGAAUAAUUAACCAGUCAGUAUUGAUGUACUGUAAUGUACAUGAACUAGUAACCAGAUUUAAAACACUAUAACUGUGCCUGUAAUUUCUUAUAGGAUCACGGCAAAUCCAUGUGUUUUAAUAUGAAAAUGUUUUGUGAUAAUAUAUGUUUGUUGUUGAUAUAUGUAGAUAGAAUAUUAAACACUAUUUAUGUACAUAAAUACUAUGUUAUUUUUCACAAAUGUAACAUUAACAAUUGUAAAUUUCCAUAUGUAUAUAACAAUAUUUCUAAAUAUCUUUUAUAGAGAUAUAUGUACAUUCUUAGUGAGGUUCCAAAAUCUAACAAAUUUUAACAAUACUCUGGUUAAUUUGGAGAUAUGUAAUUCAAAUGUUGAAUGAGCUGAUCAUAACAAUUUCAUUUAUUCAUCUGAUCUGAUGAACAAAAUGAAUGAUAUAAUAUAAUUAAAACUUAUUCUGUUGUAUAGAAUUAUUUUUUAAUGAUGCAUUCCGCAAACAAAAAAACAUUAGAUAAGUAAAUUUGUUUUUGCAAAGGAUAAUUUAAGUUUUAUUGGCUUAAACUAAUCAUCCUGAAGGUCUUAAAACUGAGAAUUAGGUUGUGUUAUUUGCCUUACUAAGAGAGUGUUUACAUUUUAUAUGUUUUAUUUAAAUCUUAUUUAUUGUAUUUUCACACGAAUUUACAUCAUAUCAAGUAACAAAUUUCCAAUAUCGAAAAUGAAUCUGAUAAAUAGAUUUUAUUUAAAUUAUACAUAUCAACAAUUAAUUUAAAGUAUGUGAAAUAUAGUUUUCAUGAAUCUAUAAGAAAAGAAACCAAUCUACUUUUUCUUGGAGUUAUUUAUAAAUUAAACAUGGACUUAAGUUUUUCCCCAAGAACUGUGUUGAUAUUGGUUUUAAUGUGGUUGUGAUUAUGUUAAAUAAUAUAUAUUUUUCUAUGCAAACACGUCAGCAUUGUUUUAUAAUUGUUUCUAUGUAUGAAUAUUUAGGCAUCCAUUCCAUAUCAGAAAUAACAUUCUGGAUUUGUGAUAAAUAUUAAAUAUAUAGAUACAUUUUAUUUAAGGUUGAAAAAACUUUAUUUUACUAUAAAUACCAUAAUAAUUUUAUUAGUUAUUUUGUACUGAUAAUAUUUCAAAAAGCAUAAUCAAAACCAUUUGUUCAGGGAAAUUAUUCACCAAGCUUUUUAUCUCAUUGGCAUUUCACAAGAUUAACUUGAACAUUUUUUAUGUUUAUUUACUUGUGUGCUUUCUCAAAAUUUUAAUUGAAUGCACAAUUUAUUAUAAAUGCAAUUCAGAUAUUUCUACUAUUGAUUUAUGCAAAAUUACUAUGAGAAAGAAAAGAUUUUAUGAUCAAAUCUAAGUUUCAGUUAUUAUAUUUAAAAAACCUGCAAAAGCAAAACUAGUAAAUGCAAAGGACAUACUUCAAUAGAGCUAAAAAUGGCAAUAUGAUAUUUUUAACAUAACUUAAAUAAAGAUUAUUAUGAAUGAUGAAAUGAUCGAUUUUGAGCCUUUAACUUAUGUUUAACUUGAAAACGAAGGUAUUCAAAUGAUGCCCUCGCCCUAAAGAGUAAAAUAUUUCUUUUCAUUAAGAAAUAAAAUUUCUAUUAUUUUAGAAGAAAAUGCUAAAAUUUUCAUCUUCCUGCACUAACCAAAAUGUUGUACUUUAAUAUCUUAUGGUCCCAAUACAAAGACUGCAAAGCAAAUAUUAGAAAGUCUGGCAUUUUACACGUCAUCUGAAAUUUGUAGGAGUAGGAUCAUUUAGGCAAGAAAUCAUUCAAGCUUGAAUUUUGAAGAUGUAACAACAUAGAAUAGUAUUUCUAUAAAUUCAACCAGUUAGGACCAAAUAGUUUACAUUUAUUUUAAAUAUAUACAGGUUGUGUUUCCACCAACCAAUUGGUGCUACAGGUUGUGGUUAAUGUCAUUAUAUGUGUUUAUUGUGUAUCAUAGUGCAAACUUUUUUGUUUUAUAGUUUUAUAUAUAGUUCUGUACAUAUCUGUUAUACAAUUAUAUUUUAGUUAUUUUUAGUAUAAACUAAUCAUUUUUCAAUGCAAUAUGAUGAUGUAGCAUGUUUAAUGGUCAUACAGAAUUUAUUAUUUUCAUCCUCAUCAUCAGCACUUGAUUAACCCUAAUACUUAAGUAUUUACAGCUUCAAUUAAUUUGUUAAAUCUUGAUAAAACUCAUAGGAAAUUAAACCAAAGGUUCUUUGUGAUCAAAGAAAGUACUGUGGAUUCAUUUAUUUUCAUUGAUAUCAGUUUUCGUGGGUGGAUAAAGAUUUGUUAUUAUGAAAGUUCUUAAUUUCAUGGUUUCAUCAUUUGCGCAUAUUAAAGUAACUUAAAAAAUGGUAUUUAGUUGAAUGUUUCCCCAUACCCACGAAACCAAUGAAAAUUUAUAUCCCAUGAAUAUUAGCAAGUGACAUUUUUAGGGAUAAAUGUUUUUAAUCUUUUACAUUUCUAUGUUAAAUUGUACAUUUAAAUAAAAUAAUUUAAACAUAUAACUUAAAACAGUAAAAGCAGGCAAGGCACAAAGUCUCCUGAAUUUAUAGAUACAGAAACUUAUUAUUUGAGAAACCAUUUUGAAUAUGCCUUUUCAAGUGUCACAUUGAUAAGGCUUAAUGUCACUAUUUGAUAACUUGUGUAAGUUCAAUAUUGCCAGAUUUAUUAAUGGCGGGAAAUGAAGAACAUGUGCUAAACAAAAAGCCUUUGUCAAGUUACAUAGCAUUAAAGGUAUAUUGUCAAUUUAAAAGUUAAAAACAUAUGAUAUAGUUAUAUUUGCUAUUAUGAAAAGUAUUUUGUAUGACUAUUAAUGGAAAAUAAAUGAAUUUUUUCCAAAUGCACUUGUAAAUAUCAUGAACUUAUUUACCAUAAUUAAUUUAGAAUCACAAUUAUUCAUUAAUUAACAAUCUAGUCUUAAAUGUGACUCUAAAAAAGUUUUAAAAAGAGUUUUUACUUAUUUUUUAUGCUCAUAGAUUCGUACUUAGCCAAUAUCUCAUUAUUUACUUUGCAAGAAAAAUAGUAAAAUUUUGCUGAAAAAUAAAGUAUCGGUUAGUUAUUUUGUGACGCUAUUUAUUACUUAAUGUAAUUUGGUGAUGUUUAGACCAUAUCAUUAACUAACACUUCUAUUUUUAAAUAUGUAAACAAAGUAGUAAAUUCUUCUGACACAAUCAUGUUUCAAUAUAAUUUCUAGAAAAAAUAAUUAGCAAAUAAAUAAAUACUGUAAAUCUUGCAAAGUUUUUAAUUUUUGUUGAUGUAUUUUUGUCUCAUUUCAAUGGUUUUUAUGUGUGAUGGAUGUGAGUGUUAUUUUACAAGAAAUCAUGUAAUUCUAAAACUAAAAAUUCAAAAGCUCAAAUCAAGUAGAAUGAAAAAAGUAUAUUAACAUGCACUAGAAAAUUUAACAUUUACACUGAAAUACUAUAGAAAAGUACAAUAACACGUACCAGCAUGUGAUUAUUAAUACAUAAGUUGUAGUAAAUUAUGCAAAAUUGUAUCCUUUUUAAUAAAUAAAAACGAGAAAUGAACACAUUUUAUUUAACCAACAGUUUAUUUACUUUUUAAUGUCUCAUUGGCCAGUUUUUUUACUGGUAACGUUCCUGAUAAUACUUACAGAGUAGUGAGGGCAUUUCUUAUUUAAUGUUUUUUUUUUCUAGACCUAACAAAUUAAUUCAUGUAGAGGCAUAUUUUUCCUAUGAAAUUCGAAUGGUCUUCGAAUUUUUUUUUGGGGAAUACUUAUAGAAACAGAAACUGAAAAUUAAGAUAUUAGGAUUAAUCCAUUCAAAACACAUUUUUAUACGACCGCAAAAAUUAAAAAUUUUUUGGUCGUAUAUUGGUAUGACGUUGGCGUCGUCGUCGUCGUCGUCGUCGUUGUCGUCGUCGUCGUCGUCGUCGUCCGGCGUCGUCUGGCGUCGUCCGAAGACACAUUGGUUUUCGCACUCUAACUUUAGUUUAAGUGAAUGGAUCUCCAUGAAAUUUCACCAUAAGGUUCAAUACCACGAAAGGAAGGUUGGGAUUGAUUUUGGGGGUUAUGGUACCAACAGUUAAGGAAUUAGGGGCCAAAAAGGGGCCAAAAAUAAGCAUUUUUGUAACUUUCAGACAAUAACUUGUGUGUAAGUGUAUGGAUCUCUCUGACAUUGUACCACAAGGUUCCAUAUCACAAAGGGAAGGCUGUAAUUGAUUUUGGGGGUAAUUGCCUCAAAAUUUUAGGAAUUAGGGGCCAAAAAAGGGGCAAAAAACAAGCAUUUUUCUAGUUUCAUGACAAUAACUUGUGUGUAAGUGUUUGGAUAUUUCUGAAAUUGUACUACAAGGUUCCAUAUCACAAAGGGAAAGCUGGAAUUGAGUUUGGGGGUAAUUGCCCGAAACGUUUAGGAAUUGGGGGCCAAAAAGGGGCCAAAAAUAAGCAUUUUUCUAGUUUCCAGACAAUAACUUGUGUUCAAGUGUAUGGAUCUCUCUGAAAUUGUACUGCAAGGUACCAUACCACAAAGGGAAGGCUGGGAUUGAGUUUGGGGGUGAUGAAUCAUAAGGGGGUUCAAAAAAUUUGGGGGGGGGGAUUUUUUUUUUUUUUUUUUUCUUUUUUUCCUUUUUUUUUCUUUUAAAAUUUUCCAUUUUAAGUUGGUUAUUUCUGAUUUAUAUUUAAAAGCAAAUAAUAAUGAUAUGGUAGGAGAUACACACCAAACAGGAUAUGUAAAUUAUUAUAUAAUAAGUAUUGUGCAAUAGCAAGAAAUUUUCAAUUGCACAGUAUUGCACAAUAGCAAGAAAUCUUCAAUUGCACAGUAUUGCGCAAUAGCAAGAAAUCUUCAAUUGCACAGUAUUGCGCAAUAGCAAGAAAUAUCCAAAAGCACAAUAUUGCGCAAUAGCAAGAAAUUGUCAAUUGUACAGUAUUGCGCAAUAGCAAGAAAUAUUCAAUUGCACAGUAUUGUGCAAAAGAAGAUACUUCGUAUAAAUUGCUUAUUUCUUGAUCAAUUUCAAUGGGGUUUUAUUCUUGAAUUCUUGGGGUUCUUUAAUAUGCUGAAUCUAACCGUGUAUUAAGUUUUUGGAUUUUGGGCCCCGUUUUUAAAUUGGUCCACAUUGAGGUCCAAAGGGUCCAAAAUUUAACUUUGUUUGAUUUCAUCAAAAAUUGAAUUAUUGGGGUUCUUUGAUAUGCCGAAUCUAACCGUGUAUUUAGAUUUUUAAUUUUGGGUCCCGUUUUUUAAAUUGGUCGACAUUAAGGUCCAAAGGGUCCAAAAUUAAACUUAGUUUGAUUUUAACAAAAAUUGAAUUCUUGGGGUUCUUUGAUAUGCUGAAUCUAAACAUGUGUUUAGAUUUUUGAUUAUGGGCCCAGUUUUCAAGUUGGUCCAAGUUGGGUCCAAAAUUAAACUUUGUUUGAUUUCAACAAAAAUUGAAUAUAUGGGGUUCUUUGAUAUGCUGAAUCUAAACAUGUAUUUAGAUUUUAGAUUUUUGGCCCAGUUUUCAAGUUGGUCCAAAUUGGGGUCCAAAAUUAAACUUUGUUUGAUUUCAACAAAAAUUGAAUAUAUGGGGUUCUUUGAUAUGCUGAAUCUUACCAUGUAUUUAGAUUUUUUAUUUGUGGGCCCGCUAUCAAAUUGGUUCAUAUUGAGGUCAAAAGGGUCCAAAAUUAAACUUUGUUUGAUUUCAUCAAAAAUUGAAUUAUUGGGGUUCUUUGAUAUGCCAAAUCUAACCGUGUAUUUAGAUUUUUAAUUUUGGGUCCUGUUUUUUAAAUUGGUCUACAUUAAGGUCCAAAGGGUCCAAAAUUAAACUUAGUUUGAUUUUAACAGAAAUUGAAUUUUAGGGGUUCUUUGAUAUGCUGAAUCUAAACAUGUGUUUAGAUUUUUGAUUAUGGGACCAGUUUUCAAGUUGGUCCAAGUUGGGGUCCAAAAUUAAACUUUGUUUGAUUUCAACAAAAAUUGAAUAUAUGGGGUUCUUUGAUAUGCUGAAUCUAAACUGUAUUCAGAUUUUAGAUUUUUGGCCCAGUUUUCAAGUUGGUCCAAAUUGGGGUCCAAAAUUAAAAUUUGUUUGAUUUCAACAAAAAUUGAAUAUAUGGGGUUCUUUGAUAUGCUGAAUCUUACCAUGUAUUUAGAUUUUUUUAUUUGUGGGUCCGCUAUCAAAUUGGUUCAUAUUGAGGUCAAAAGGGUCCAAAAUUAAACUUUGUUUGAUUUCAUCAAAAAUUUAAUUAUUGGGGUUCUUUGAUAUGCCAAAUCUAACCGUGUUUUUAGAUUUUUAAUUUUGGGUCCCGUUUUUUAAAUUUGUCUACAUUAAGGUCCAAAGGGUCCAAAAUUAAACUUAGUUUGAUUUUAACAAAAAUUGAAUUCUUCGGGUACUUUGAUAUGCUGAAUCUAAACAUGUGUUUAGAUUUUUGAUUAUGGGACCAGUUUUCAAGUUUGUCAAUGUUGGGGUCCAAAAUUAAACUUUGUUUGAUUUCAACAAAAAUUGAAUAUAUGGGGUUCUUUGAUAUGCUGAAUCUAACCAUGUAUUUUGAUUUUGGACAUUGGACCAUAAUAGGUAAAUUAAAAAAAUUGAAGUUCUUAGACCACAUUCUUUCUGUGUCAGAAACCUAUGCUGUGUCAAAUAUUUAAUCACAAUCCAAAUUCAGAGCUGUAUCAAGCUUGAAUGUUGUGUCCAUACUUGCCCCAACUGUUCAGGGUUCGACCUCUGCGGUCGUAUCAAGCUGCGCCCAGCGAAGCAUUUUAUUAGUUUUUGUUAUGCCAUAAACCUUUAGGUUGACAGAAAUCAAAUGCAAAUUACUUUUAAAUGCAUAUUGAUUUAUGUUUAAUUUGUUAUUUACCAUUAUAGAAAAAAAACUACAAUAAGACAGUGCAUUCUAAAUUAAGAUCAAAAAGAACUUAAGAAUAUGAAUAAUUUUUUUUUUACUAAAAAGAAGUUAGAAUUAUUGAAUGGAAAUAGAAUUUUAAACUAUUAUGAAUAUUUUGCUUAGUUGUGACUAUACAAGGUAAUGAAAUAUGCAUUUCAAAUUUUUGUCAAUUUUGAUACCAUUUCUAUGGUAUGUUAACUAUAGUAAAAUCUGAAUUGUCAAUAAUUGAAUAUAUUUAAUUACUGCUUGACCGAUGCAUUAAAUCCUGGAUUAAUUUUAUUUAACUUUUUUUUUUACAAUUAUCAUGUGAUAUGAGUUGAUGAUCUGUUACCAAAUGGUAUGUUUAAUGAUGAAUGGUUUUCCAUUUUGAAUAAAUUCCUUACGACAUA